AAAUGAGGUAAUAAUGCAUUAAAUCCACCAAGAGAUAAAAAAAAUCUGUCAAAAUUUAGGGGACCAUUACCCCUAAUCAACCCUUUGGAAUGCCUCAAUUGAUGUGAAUCACCCUGUAGAUCUGAUUAUAAAUAAUAUUGGAAAUUUUUGGGUCAUUCCAACCUUUCAUUUCAGUCUUCAUCACAGUCUUUUUGAACUGUUCUUAAAAAAUUCCUACAAUUUGUAAGAGCUAUUGAUAAGAUCUCGCAAUGUUUGAAAUACUUGAUUAAUAAUUAUUAAUGUUUCCACUUUAUUAUUAUCAACGAAAACACUGACUUUGAACACUUAAUCUUUCAUGAUAUGACCUCGUGUAAAUUUCUAUAAAAAUAGGAUGUAUAAAAAUAUAAUAUCUUUUUUGAUAAGUGGUUUAGAUUUAAUUGUUAUUAGAUAAACACGCUUUUAUUUGCCCACUAUUGUAAAAAUCCAUCUAAAAAUGAAACACCAUAACAACCUGUUUCCGAAAGUAAUUUUAAAUGUCAAAGAGAAUUUCUACGAUUAAUUAACCCCAUUAUCUCAACUCUAUAAAACCUAGCUUUGUAGCGAAAUGAUAUCGAGUCUAUUUACUAAUAAAUUCUUCUAUAAUGUACUGGCUCACAUUAAUCUGUAUGGUUAUCGCCAUAAAAUAUUCAUUAACCGAAAAUAAGUUUAUGAAUUCGGUCAGAAACUUAACAAAUACAAAUAAUCAUACUCGAGAAAAUGAUGGCAUUCGAAAAAAAUUGGAAAAAUAUAUGAACGAGUGUAAAGGCGAAAAUGAUAAAGAUUACUCUUAUGAGCAAACAUCUUCGUCAACUGAUUUACGCGGAUAUAGAAGAGGUGCAGAUGGAGCAACAUAUCCCGCUUUUUACGGAAAUAAUCAGAAUAAUAUGCGCAACUUUCAUAGAAAAGAUAAUAACAGACACGUUGAUGGGUAUUUAUUAAAUUUAAGACAAAACAAUGAAUGUGACAACACAGAGACAAGUUCAAACGCCAACAAUGGGAGAUCAAAUAACCGCUUUAAUGUGCAAGAUAAUAACAGAAAUUUUUAUAAUAAUCAAAAUCGAAACAAUCCCUCCAAUCAAGAUUAUGAUAGGACAAACAGAAAUUUCGGCGAUCAAUUUCCAAGAUGGAAAAGAGAUUUCAACGAUAAAUGUGUAAGCCAAUGCAUCUUUAGCUAUUUAGAAUUGUUGGACGAGAACAGGUCACCUUCAGAAACAGCAUUCGUCCAAUUUCUUCAAGAAAACACUCCAAAUGAUCGCGAUAGAAUUAAAAUAGUGCGCGAAGCUAGAAGAUGUUUUUCUAAAUUUGUAACUACAGAGGAAGAAGAUGGAUGUGAGUUUUCGAGAUCGCUCAAUAAAUGUCUGCAUUGGAAUUUGGAGUAAAUCUCUAGAUGAAAUAAUGAUUUGGAAAUGAAAAAAUUAUAGAUAUGACACGGCACUCUUAAAUCUUAAACACCCAUUAAAGUGUUGCUAUAUAUGCUAUUCAUAGUUUAUUUGUAGAAUUGUGUGUUAAAACACUUUCAGUAAAUGUUAUUAGCAUCCUUUA